UCAGAAUCAUUCACUCACAUAAUACAUCUCUUCUAUCUCUCUUUCACUACCUUUGCGACAUGGUGACGACUCUGCCGUUCUUGAAUGUAACUUCCAUCCCAUCUCCGGCGUCCAAAACUUUUCUCCGACGACGUAACACUGCUUCCCACCAAAACUCUCACGCCUUCUCUAUUGGAGAAGUCUCUUCACCCCUUAGCUCCUCUUCUUCAUCGCAUUCAUCUCGGUUCUGUCGUGAGAUAUUUGUCAGACCGGAAGUAUCAUCUCCGACCCGAUUGGUUACAGUGAGAUCGCUGUUAAGCACGCCUCUAAUUUCUCCUAAUGAUCAAUGGGGAAUGUGGACUGCACUUUUCGCCACUGGAACUUUCGGUCUUUGGUCAGAGAAGACCAGAAUUGGAAGUGCGAUGAGUGUGCACUUGGCAGAUUUGCGCCGUGUCAUCCAAUCUACUGGAAAACUUCUCCUUGCUUUUCUUAUCGGAUCACUGGCUACAACAGUUGGUACAGUUUUGGCUUACGUUCUGGUACCGAUGAAAUCGCUUGGUUCUGAUAGUUGGAAGAUAGCAGCUGCCCUUAUGGGAAGACAUAUUGGUGGAGCUGGAAACUACAUUGCAAUAGCGAAAGCUCUUGAUGUUUCGUCUUCAGUAAUAGCAGCUGGACUUGCUGCGGAUAGCGUAAUAUGCGCUUUCUAUUUCAUGACAUUGUUCGCUUUAGCUUCUAAAAUACCUGCUGAAUCUUUACUACCACAAACUAGUGAUUGUGUGAAGCUGAACGAAGGCAGAGAUAAAAUCUCUGUGAUACAAAUGGCUACAGGAAUAGUUGUGUCUUUAGCUAUAUGCAAAGUUGCAACUGUUUUCACAAAGUAUUUCGGUAUUUCGGGUGGUAGCUUACCAGCAAUUACUGCUAUAGUUGUUGUUUUAGCAACUAUAUUUCCGUCUCAGUUUGACCAUCUAGCACCAGCUGGAGAAGCAAUGGCUCUAGUUCUCAUGCAGGUGUUUUUUGCAGUGUUGGGAGCUAGUGGUAACAUAAGGAGUGUAAUAGACACAGGACCAAGCAUAUUUAUAUUUGCUUUGUUACAAAUAGUGAUACAUAUGGGGGUGUUACUGGGAAUAGGAAAAGUGAUGAAAAUAGAGCUAAAGCAUUUGCUUCUUGCAUCAAACGCUAAUGUUGGAGGCCCCACAACUGCUGCUGGAAUGGCCACAGAAAAAGGAUGGAGCUCGUUGAUAGUCCCUGGGAUUCUUGUCGGAAUAUUUGGGAUUGCCAUUGCUACGUUUUUAGGAAUUGGAUUUGGGGUUAAGGUCCUCAAGCUCGUGUGAUGUUUAAGCAUAUUUUAAGUUACAAGCCUACCUGUUUUUUUUUUCCGACACCAGCUUACCUGUUUAAAAAAUGUAAUGUUGAAUUUGGUAU